AUGAUCCGACAAGACUUCCAUCGAAUUGACCCCAAACGGAGGGCCACCCUCGACUACAAAAAGAAGCAGUUCGCAACACCCACGUACAAGCAACAGGAGUAUCCCCAUCGGCUCAACUUCUACGAUGUGCCGCCGACGGCAGAGAUUACGCUGGAGCAGUUCGAGCAAUGGGCCAUUGACAGAUUGAAGGUUCUUGCGGAAAUUGAAGCCUGCUCGUACCGCAACAAGACGCCUGCAGAGACGGAAGCGCAUAUUACCCCUCUCCUGAAGAAGUUCCUUCCCCUGUCCGCGAACACGUCGUCUGCUUCUGGUGCAGCCGACCAGCGACUGAAAAAUGAGCGUCAGAAGGACCACUACUCCCAUUUCAUUCUGCGCCUCGCCUUUGCGGCCACCGAGGAUCUCCGCCGGCGAUUCGUUCGUGCCGAAACCAUGCUCUUCAAGUUCCGCUUCCAGCAGGAUGACACCAGGGAGCGACGCGCCUUUAUCGAGAGUCUGAAUCUGGACUGGGAACCUGUGAGUGAUGAGGAGAGGCAGGAAUUGAGCGAGCACCUUGUCAGCGCGACCCCAGGGUUGCGGCGAUCCGACGAGGAGACCUGGUACAAGGUCGACUGGGAGCGGGUUCCCGAACUGGUUGAGCGUCGAGCGGUCUAUCUGAGGAAAGGCAAGGCCUAUGUUCCUGGAAGGGAGCAGCAGAGCAUGAUCGUCGCAGAAUUCACCGCCCGUCUGGAGAAGGCCAUGGAGUUGACGAGCCGAGCGCUGCCUCGUUUGGAUGAGGACGACCGUCUGACUCCAAUCCUCAACCAUCUUUCCAAGAAUUUCGGAAGCGCCGAAUCGGUAUAUUCACAGGGCGAAGGUGUUGUCGACGGAGCCCCAAUGACUGCGGCUUCCAUCGACCACCUGUCACAGCACUUCCCGCUGUGUAUGCGAAAUUUGCACAUGACACUCCGGAAAAACGGUCACUUGAAGCAUUUUGGCCGUCUUCAGUAUACCCUUUUCUUGAAGGGUAUCGGUCUCUCCCUCGACGAGUGCAUUGUGUUCUGGCGUCAAGCUUUCCGAGGAUUCACCGAGAGUGAAUUCAACUCCAGGUACAGAUACAAUAUUCGCCACGCCUACGGUGAUGUCGGUGGUGAUGCGAACCGUCGAAAUCGGGGUUAUCCGCCGUACUCGUGCCAAAAGAUCCUCAACGACAAUGCUCCGGGAACGGGUCAGACUCACGGUUGCCCCUAUCGCCACUUCUCUGUCGACAAUCUCAUCACGCUCCUUCAGGCUACCGGUGUCCAUGAUAAGGAGCUUCUACGCGAGGUACGAGAGGAUGUAGAAAAGACUCGGUACCACAUUGCCUGCAACAGAGUCUUCGAGUGGGUUCACAAAGCCGAGAUCAAGAAGGUGAAGGAGGACGGCACCUGGAGCCAAACGGAUCUCGACACCAUUGUCCAUCCAAAUACUUAUUUCAAGCGCAGCUAUCUCCUCAAGCAUAUGGGAAAGCCAUCCAGGGACAGUUCCUAA